UGGUUGAGGGGGCUCCCCCAAGGUGCUCAUGGCGGAGGGAACGCGUGUUCGUCGAGGGCGUCGAGGACGGUGACCUCGAGGUCGAAUUCAACGACAAGGUCGGCCGGCAUUUGCCGGCAACUGACCUCACCUCGUAGUAGUUGCCGGGUUGUCGCUUGCUCUCGAACCCUCACUUUAACACUCACCUCUGCAGAAUGUCUUUACGCUGAUCUAUGACCUAUCUAAUUGCAGGCUUAGAAUCUUGAAACAUUAAUUGCUAAACAGGAGUUUCCGCUCUCAACCUCCCACAAUGGCAACCUUGCAAUAUGUGGAAAUCCCCUCUGCGGCGACAAGGCUGGAAUCAGCAGAGCCUUCUGCAGAUAUCCGUCCCGCUCCAAAGAUAGUAACGAACAUGCCACAUCCUGAGAAAGCUGUCGGUGGUCUGACUUCUCCAACCGCCCAACCGCAAUCCCCCAAGAAUCCUGGUUUCAACUUCCAACAGAUCCUUCUGUCCUCUGCCCUCCCGAUUCCUUCCAAUGUCCCUGCGAGCCUCCAAUCUGUAGGAAAGGGCGCACCUCGGCUACUCACGACUAGGGAUCCACUGUCUAUACCCAUCACAACAGUCAACUUUAGGCGAUUUGUGUCGAAGAUGGGACCGGGCGUUUGGUUGAUUGACAGAAUGGAGGAGAUCAUUAUGUGGAAGAAGGGAUGGGAGUAUACGACUGUCUUCAUAGCGGCGUAUGCUUUUUUCUGUUAUUUCCCCCGAAUGGUUCUCCUCCUACCUCUAGUGAUCAUGCUUGUCGUGAUCCUUAUCACAGAUCCAUAUCUCAGGCAACCUGAGUCUUCGAGUCUACAUGAAGAUAUCUCCAGAGUCACUGUACCUCCGCCUCCGCCUCCACAAAUAGGCGAAGGGUCAGUAGAUUGGUUGGCCAAUCUCCAGGCUAUUCAGAACUUGAUGGGUUCAUUUUCAGACCUGAAUGACCUCAUUCUCCCUUACAUCCCUCACAUCAAUCACACUUCACCCUACACCCCAAUCGUAUUCACAACAGUCCUCACCCUCUUAGUCAUUCUAGUCCCUAUCGUCAAUUUCAUCCCUCUCCGUCUCACGUGUCUCAUUCUCGGGCUCUUCCCCUUCUUCCUCACUCACCCGUUCACUCAAUCCACUCUCAUCCCCACACUGUUGGCCAGCAUUCGGCCGCAUCUCAAACAUUUCCAUACUCUUGUCGUCCGUUAUGUUGAUGAUGAUCGAUUGGAGGACAAGCACUGGCGUACGGAGAUGCAAGAAGUGGAGUUGUGGGAGAACGAACGAUGGAGUCCUGGGACGACUUCUUCUGAAGCUGGUGGCGUGAACGUGAAGACUAGCGACGGUGGUUGGAGUAAAGCUAAUUUGAAGCCUGGGGAGAGGAAAGCUUGGACACGAGGCCGGGAUGGUUGGAGUGCAGUUGCAGAGGACGGGUCGGGAGAUGUCAGUAGCAACCUCACGUUCUCGCUAUCCCCUGGUUGGCUAUUCGUUGAAACCGAAGAUUGGAGACCGGACCUAGAGGGAACUUGGAUUUCUUCCGUAGGCGCUGAUGACGCUGGGUGGGUGUAUACGAAUGAUGCUUGGAUGGAGCCUCGAGCGUAUCCGUUGGAGGAGUGGAAGGUAUCCAAUCGUAUGACGAGAAGACGCAGAUGGAUGAGGAGGAUAUACUUCGAUCCUGGCACGACUACAUAGCGAAGAUUUCCGCUGAUGUUGACCAUACAUUUCGACGACCACAAACUCAUCUUAGGCGCGUCAAAACAGUGACGUAGUUAACUAAAUACCGUUAGGCUCUGGGAGUCCUCCCCGCACUCGAACAUGGAUAAAUAUGGACUCAAAAUUGCGAACUUGAAGGCCUUGGCAGUCGCCUCAAUCAGGAUUCCUUUUUCGAACGUUUUUAUGUCACCGCUGACAUCGCUCCCCUACCUCCGCCGACAACUUUUCUCAUGCUUGUCUUCUAGGGUUGUUGAUAAAGAUCAUCACUGUUUUCGAGUUGACUACACGUUCACGCUUUCGGACGUUACUAACCCCGUUCGUAUGUUGUCUCUGGC